CCACACCAGUUCAUCUCUCUGAUCUCCCACCACCACACUACCCGGGAUCGCAAAGCCACCGGCGAAGAUGCAGAUCUUCGUGAAGACGCUGACGGGGAAGACGAUCACGCUCGAGGUCGAGAGCAGCGACACCGUGGAAAACGUCAAGGCCAAGAUCCAGGACAAGGAAGGCAUCCCGCCGGACCAGCAGCGGCUCAUUUUCGCCGGGAAGCAGCUGGAUGACGGCCGCACCCUGGCCGACUACAACAUCCAGAAGGAGUCCACGCUGCACCUGGUGCUCCGCCUCCGCGGCGGCGGCAGGGGCGGAUACCCCACCAUGCGCGUCCCGUGGGACCUCAUCAACCUUGCCCGCAAGCACAAUGAGAAGAAGAUGAUCUGCCGCAAGUGCUACGCACGGCUUCACCCCAAGGCCACCAACUGCCGCAAGAAGAAGUGUGGCCACAGCAACGCGCUGAGGGUAAAGAAGAAGCUCAUGUGAGCCAUUUGGAAAGCUCACAAGCGACAAUCUGGAGUGUCAUCUCAAGGCGCCAUGCAUCAGCUGAAUAAAUUUUGUCAGGGUUUUAGUUUUGACCUACUUUGGAUGUUAUGAACCUUGUUUACUCUUUCGAGAACUCAGUAUCAUUGUGUGGCGUGGCAGUGGCAUUGUUACGUGGAUGUUUUUGCUGGAUAUAUGUUUCUUGUUUUUUUUUGUGAAUUUACUUAUGAAUGAA